AUGGCCUCCUAUUUAGACCACACCGUGCUGCCAGCCUUCGCCUUGGAGGGGCGCUUCGUGCUGAUUCUGUAUCCAGGGGAGAGGAAGUGGCACGAGCGCCUCAUAGUGUUGAGGCCGACCCCGAGCAGCGAUCCGAGAACAGUUGGGUGGUGCGUCACCGCCACUCCGGACCUUGACGUGUAUGGGGAGCCUAUUGCCCCUCCCAACGUUGAAGGGUUCGCUGUGCUGGCUCCUGACAGGUCUUUGCCUCCCGGGCUGCUGCGAAGGAAUGUCUACAGGUUUGAGGACGGCGGCAUUGGCCAGCCGCCUUCUCCGGCGGAGCUUGCCCACCUCCGAGGUCUUGCCCAAGCUGAGCUUAACUCCCUCCAGAUGGAAAUCGAUGCCACCGGCGCUGGUGCAGUCGUUGCCGCGGCCCCAGCGACUCCUGCCGCUGUACCGGCCGCUGCCCCUGCUGCUGGUCCGGUCCUUGUGGCUACUGCUGGGUCGGUUUGGGUCGUUGCAGUGUCAGAGGGGAACCGCGCUAAAGGCAGCUUGGUUCCCAUUGCUCAGGUUGCUGCUGGACAUCAGGCUGGAUCGAAGGCUGUGGUAGGGCUUACAGACGGUUCGGUGCCCUUUGUCGAGAACAUCCCCAAUCACGAGCUUGCCAACUAUGUGUCUGGGGGGCCCCCGGCCAGGGGGGUGAACCCCACUGCUCAGGUAUCCCCAGUUGCGCCUACUGGUGCCAUUGCCAUUGGUUCUGGAGACGAUGCUCGGACUUUGGCUGUCAGGUACGGCACUGGCGGGAAGCGGCGCCGAGAGCUUCGUGAUGGAGUUGAGCUUGCUAGCGAGAGUGUUUGGGGCGACUGGCCGAUCAAGGGGCCCUGCACUGCUAAGUGGGUUGGGCAGUACUUUGUUUCGAAUGGAGGGGGAGUGCUUGAACAUGAGUCGAUAUGCAAAGCACUGGAACUGGCAAUUGAGUACGAUCAGUUGAACAUUGGCGAACUUGCUGCUAUCGAGUUGCUGUGCCGCCGAUUGCAAAUGAUCCAAUACCGCUGGAAGGAGAGGGUUCUUGGCACUGCCUCCACUGGCACCGUCGAUGACGAGUCGCACUUCUUCCUGGGGGUGGACCCCACUGCCCUUAACACUUGGUUGGGCGAGGAGCUGCACAAGGAGGCUCAGGCAAACAAGGAACAGCGCGGCCCGGGAGGAGAGAGCCCUCCUGCGGGCCACCAAGCCAAAGUAAGGCCGCCUCCUGGCGGCAUUUGGGGUCACGGUGUGGCUUUGUCGACUCGGGCCACCUCGUGCAGUUUGAAAGGGCAACGUGAUCUUCUUCCUUUGCGCCUGCCCGCUGCCGAGUGCGGCGUAAACAACGGGGACCUCAGUCGGGGGACCCGCCAACGAAUUCUCCGGAGGUUGGCUGCUGAUGCUUGGUUGCGCGAGGGCGUGCAGACUCUGAAUUCCUUGUAUGCAUGGGCGGCCGGAGGCUGGACAUUUGCCCCCGUGCAGGCAUCAGCUAUGGAUGGCUUAGCAGAGAAGUACAGGCACGCUGGGCCGCCUCCCCAAUCUCGUCCCGAAGAAGCCCUUCAGGCGCUUCUCGGCUCGAUGUCCGUCUACUCGCUGGGCAACAUUGAGUGCAACAUCGCCAGUUUUGACAAGGCCUUGGUGGUAAUCUUUUGUCACUGGCCGGCGCUUCUGAGCUUCUUGCCGAUUCUGGAGUGCUGA